AUGCGUGUGAGUUUGAAUAUAGCAAUAACUCAAAUGGUGAAUCAUACUAAAACUUUACAAGAUCAUUUUGAUCCAGAUGCAUGUCCUAGUGACGAAGGGGUUGAUAUUACGGCAAACCAUACUGCAAUCAGUAGAGCAAAUGCUGUUUACAAUUGGGAUGAAGAAACACAGGGAUUCCUACUAAGUGGUUUCUAUUACGGUUAUGUGACGACGCAAGUUUUAGGAGGUUUCUUGGCAGAAAAGUACGGUGGCAAAUGGGUACUAGGCACUGCGUUACUUAGCACCGCUCUGUUCACAUUAAUGACUCCAUUUACAAUUAAAAAUGGAGGUGUAACUUGGUUGUUUAUUCUACGUGUCCUUGAGGGUGUAGCCGAGGGUCCAACUAUGCCUUGUCUGAUGAAUAUGAUGGCAAGGUGGACACCAACUCAAGAGAGAGCUCUCAUAUCAGCUAUACUUUUCGGAGGUGGCCAACUGGGUAACGUCUUGGGACCGUUACUAUCUGGCGUUAUCCUUGCCAAUGGUAGAGACUGGGCCUAUGUGUUCUAUUUCUUUGGCGGAGGCGGUGUGGUAUGGUUCAUUUUUUGGAGUAUUUUGUGCUUCAGCGAACCAAACUCUCAUCCGUACAUUUCGAAAAAGGAAUUAGAUUAUUUAAAUAAAAGCGUCGAGAAAGCCAAAAGUAACACAAAUAAUGAUCCGGUACCUUGGAAGGCAAUUUUGAGAUCACCGCCCGCUUGGGCCCUGCUUGCCGCUAACGUAAGCAAAAUUUGA